AUGGAAGACUUAAAGGGGCAUCUACAAUGUCAGACACCGACACAAGGAAGUGAUAUUUGGUACUGGAACAAUAGCAAAAAUCACGAGUUCAGCGUAAAGUGUGUCAAAGCUUCAUUGGGUCAGCAGUUAGACUUAAAUUCAUCAACUUAUGAGUUCGGUUGGAACAAUUGGGUGUCUAACAAGUGUAUAAUGUUCGUAUGGCGUGCAAUAGAGGAGAAGAUAGCGUCUGCUACGGCUCUUAGAAAUAGAGGUUUAAACGUCCAGGAGAUCGUCUGCAAAACAUGUGGAGCUGAUGAAGAAUCUGCAGAACAUAUUUUACUUAAAUGCAAUUUUGCAAAAAGAACUUGGGAGAUGGUAACGAGUUGGCUGAAAAUUCCGAUGGUGAAUGUUAAUGGCAGUUUGAAAGAUAUUCUGAUGGAGAUAAAUGAAAUUCAGCGGAGUAGAAGUAUGCGGAAAGCGAUCCAUGCAGUGGCAAUUCAAACAAUGUGGCAUCUGUGGAAGACUAGAAACGAAAGGGUUUUCAAGGGCAGACAAGGCAAGGUACAGAUCGUUAUGGAAGAAAUUAAGGAGACAUCUUAUCAAGGGGUGAAGCAAAGGUCAAAACACGACUCGAUAUCAAGACAGGAAUGGUGGGAUUUUAAUGUAAUUUUGUAG